AUGAGUAGUCCACCACCUAGAGAAGAAUUGGAUAGACAGGUGUCUCUUCAGUCGUCAGAAGAAGGCACGGAGGUAGAAUACAGUCCUUCAGAGGAAUAUCCGGGAAAGAAGUACCCUUUGCAGCUAGAUAACUUUGGCUUCAUUUUGAAUGUUGAUUCUGAUGGACGCGUUUGCCAGAAUAUUGUCGAUGGUGCAGUGCGACCUCGAGCCACAACUUUGGCAGAGAAACAGAAAACCAUAAAGCGGGAGAAAAAGUGGGAUAUGCAACUUGCUGCUUGGGACAGCACAACUCUAAAGGCCAAGCAGAACAGCAAGAAGUUUAUCAAACGUUUGAGAAAGGGCAUUCCAGAGUCAAAGCGUGGUGAAGUUUGGCUUUUAUUGGCAGGGGGGAUACAAAAACCUGGGUAUUAUGAAGAUAUCGUCAAGAAAACGACAAUUUUAAUGCUUGCCUCUUACAGAGAAAUUGCAGAUUCACAAAAGAUGCAAGAAGCUUCCGUGAAGACAUCUCCCACAGCUUCCGAGUCGUCUUCCUUUUUACCAAAAGAAGAGACCAAUCCCAUCAUUGAAGUUGACACAGACUCAGAAGAAGACUUUGCCUCCACUCGGGCGUUUAGACAUAUUCAGGAUAUUAUUGACCGUGACAUUCACCGUACAUAUCCAAAACACAAACUCUUUUAUGAUGCACAACACAACACGGAUAGUACUGCUUCCACUUCGGACAGCGAUGUUGUUCGAGGCGUUGCAGAUCCAGAAUUGGCUGCUACGAUAUUAAGUCUGGAAGUCGAUUUGGAGUUUACAGCAUCGGGUGGGGCGAAAAAGCGAGUCACAAAUAGCAUGAAUUCCACUCUGACUCCAGGGGGACAAGCAGCGUUGCGGCGAGUAUUACGGGCGUAUAGCUAUCAUGAUCGUGAUGUUGGCUAUUGCCAGGGGAUGAACUUUAUAGCCGGCAUGUUCUUGACACAAUUGAGUGAAGAAGAAGCUUUCUGGGUUCUCGUAGGAGUAAUGAAUCGAGAACCUUGUCACAUGCGGGGUUUGUUCAGAGAAGGUAUGGCAAUAACCCACAAGGUUUUGCAUGUGGCAGAGCAGUUGACCUAUCUGCAUCUUCCGCGAUUGGCAAGACACUUUAAGAAAGAACAUAUUCAUGUCACAAUGUACGCCACUCAGUGGUUGCUAACACAAUACACGAGCUCGUUCAACUUUGAUUUGGUAGUGAGAGUUUGGGAUUCCUUUUUAGGAGAAGGAUGGAAGAUAAUAUACAGAGUCAUGUUGGCGUUGCUAAGUCAGUCCCAACAAAAGCUAUUGAAGAUGGGGUUUGAAGAUAUGUUGGCAUAUUUCAGGGAGCUACCAGGGAGGAUAAAUGCUAAUGCAGUUAUGGCGAUUGCAUCAAAGAUACCUUUGAAGACCAAGCAAAUAAAGAAGUUUGAAAGGGAAUGGGAAGUGGUGCGAGCAAGGAAAGCAGCCACUGAGAAGGAUCAAAUAGAGGAGAAUCCAUAG